AUGCAGAACCAUUUCUCCAACCUCACUCAUCCCACCGGGCAUUCCGGGUUCACCCUCCCUCCCAUUCGCACUGUUCAGGACGUGCCGCUGCCGGCUCCUCGCCCUCCGACCCCUUUUACGGUCCCAGAGCCAUACAUGCAUGCUGGAGGGAUCAAUCGUGACUCCGAUUGGGAGCUCCCUGGUGCCCCGGCCAUCGGUUCCUUCCAGGAUCCGUUUGCUGGAGAUGCUGGUGGUGCAGCUACACUUGGGUCGCCUAUCGACAUUCCUGAGGGCCCGCCUUUGAGGCGUAUGCCCUCCACGGCAUCACACAUGUCUGUGUCGUCUCUGCCUGACCUUGAAGGCAAGUGUGUUCCGGCGACGUUCAUGGAUAAUCGGAACCAUCCGGGAAGCCGUGUGGAGACCCAGGAGUCAGACAUCAAUGUGUGGGCGCAGUCGGUUGCCCAGACACGUCAGCUCACACCUGACCAAGUCGCUGAUGUGACAUCAAUUCUAAGGAUUGGCAAGGAUCUUGGAUACGAGGGCCUGCGUCUCUAUAUCUGGCUGAUAACACUCGUUUACCAAGUCCUGAACAACGUCAAUAAUGUCACUCGGACCGUCGACUUCGAAUCUCUCCACGCCACCUUGUUGCAUCUAAACGAACGCAUGGACUCGGCUUAUCAGCUCUCGAAGGACCAAAAGCGAGCUCUGAGAAAGCUCGCCCAAGAUCUCAUUACGUCUCCAGGUCGCAUGGAAUACAUGGACCUGGCAGCGGCAGUUGUGAGCCGCGUGAGGACUGACGCGAACGCAUACGGUUUCACAGGCGUUAUCAACACGUCGGCUGGGGACUCUGCCAUGGUUGCAGAGGCUGCUGUUGCAGCGUCGGCUGCGAGAAACCGCCUGCGCGCGAUGAUAGUCGACUCAAUGGAGAGCAACAAGAAGCUCUCCCUCGAGGACCUGACGUUUCUGAUCACGAAGAAGCUCAAGAAAGGAGGUGCCGCCAAUGUCCGGGUCGAGCACCUCCUCCACUUUGCAGUCUUGCGUUAUCAUGCCAAGCGCCGCCGCGAGACGGCGGGUGGUGUUGCGCCCCCUGGCCGUGUCAAAAGGGGAGCUGACUUCUGGACCACCAUGGACCACGGGCUCGGCGAGAACAAGAACGCGUAUGGAGACGAUAUCAAAGACAACCGCUGGAAAGUAUUCUAUCGCACUGUCAUCGCUGAGGACCAGCAGCUCUACGGUCGCAACAGGGGUAACACUCAUCUCCCCGCAAUCCCGGUGACUUACUUGUCCCCUGCACCUGUGCGUGCUCCUCGCGAUGUUUUGUCCGCGCCAUCUGGAUUCAUCAACUCGGCAGCCCCCCAGCCUGUUCAGGCUGUUCGUAGCCUGUUGGAUGGCUAAAAUCAGGCUCUUCGUUGCCUGGCUGAUGGAUAGAAGGGUAU